AUUUUUUUUUCUUUCUUUUACAGGAAUUGGUUUAUUGAAAAAAAAAAGCGUCGAUUCUCUGAUCAGAAGUGAUACGAAAGCGGCGUGAAUAUACCAUCACCGAACAUGCCUCCAGUGAGACAAGCGAUCAGCAGCAGCACCCUGCGGAGGUCUUCUUCGCAAUUAACUCGAACGAGUCCCAGAUUUGCGAAUAACGUGAUUCCUGGCGCAAGUGACGCUGCUCCGAUCGUCGGGUCAUCAAGUUUCGUCAUAAUCUCCGCAGAAACAACCACCACCAGCUCCACCGUCAGCAGUCCCCCAGCAGCAGCAGUUCAUCCUCGUGUUGAGCAACCUUCGACGAUACGAAGCGCUGAUGUCAUCAAUAAUAACACACCCAGCAAUAAUGAAUCGACGAACGAAGCCAGCCCAAACGAAGCUGUUUCGAAUGUUCUUGCUGUAGCGAUCGCUGUAGCCAAAGCCGACGCCGCUCUGCGCAACGAAAGCCAAAAAAUCGUAUCAAAGGUCUUUGAGGAAGCUCUCAAAACAUUCGUCGACUCCCUGAGCUACUUCGUACUCUUGAAAACCGACGCCUUUGAUGCAUCAGAAACACAACAGCUCAAAAAGCUAACGAACGAGUUGAACUCCAUCGUUUUCCACUCACCCGAGCAACUGGUUCUAAAAUGGAAGACGUUGAGACCAUCGCAGGAAAGCGUCCUCGGGGUUUCAUUCCCAACCCCGGGUGGUUUGAAAAAGACUGCUGGCGGGGUCUUAUUUAGGAACGCCUUCGACUAUGACGACAAGGACGUGUACGACUCGGAGAUUGACAUGUACGGAAUGGGGAAGCCUCUGGAGAAAUCCCAUCUCGAAUUUAUCGAAACUUGUCGAGAAACGUUGAAGACUUGCCCUGUGUUUCAAAAGUUCGUCGUUGAUCCGUCGUACGCUGAACGAUACUUCGAAGGCAUUUGGACUUACUUUCGGCCGAUUCACGAGGCCCCCAAGGACCAACUCACUCCUCGAGAACGAAUCACCCUCUUUUUCAUGCACUUGAAACACGUGACGAACUCUGACCAAUAUGCUGGUGUGCCUUACAAAGACUGUCACUCUGAGGAGCACUACCUGGACAUGAUUAGCUUCAUGUUCAAGCGCUACGGGAACAUCACGAAGCAUCGAGAGCAGAUUUUCACGGACUUGGAGAACCUCCCGCCUCCCGACGGCAGUUUGGAAGAAGCUCGAGAUUACAUCGCUCAGGUAUUCUUACUCGUGCAACGGUUGACGAAUUUGAAAAGUGACACGGACGCGGUGCAUCAUCGCAUUUGGCCGGUUGUGAAAUCGAGCCUCCUCGAGGGCACCGGGAACAUUUUUCACGAUACCCUGCAAUUCACUUUUCCUCGCGUGACGUGUGCGGAACGCGCGAGUUGGAGCGAGAAUCUCGAGAGGAUGUAUCUAUGGAUCCUGGGUGUCUUGACGGAAAAGGCGUCGACUGACGGGAAAACGACGUAUUUGCAGAAACUUCGAGGUGUUGAGAAGGUGCAAAUAAUAAGGCGAUCGCCGAGUCCUAUUCAUCCAUCAUCGGAUGAUGAUGACGGUGGUCAUGAGGUACCUCGGAAGCGGAAAGCAAGUUUCAGCUCGGGAUCACCCAGUUGUUGUGUCUCGGAUGGGUAUGUUGUGACGAGGCCGAGCAUCCUGAAACCUUGUCCCUUUUGCAAUGGCCGCCACUACGCGACGCAAUGUCAGCUGAGCACUGAUGAAAGGAUCCAUGUUAUCAACACGGCAGGCCUUUGUUACAACUGCUUGGGCAACAAUCAUUGCAUUGAUAAUUGUCAUAGCAGAAUUAAUUGCAGAAAGUGUGGGGAUAGGCAUCAUACUGCUUUGUGUCGGAAUUGAAGCACAGUUACACUUAUGGAUGUGUCCAGAAAAUUAGACUCCCGUUUUAUUUUAUUGCUACUUGAAUACAUAAUAAUCGUAAAAAAUUCGUCUUGAAAUUUUGUCAAUCCCACUUACCGAGAUGGGAGAGAAAACUAAAAAUAAGAUGAAAAAGGAUUUUUUGCAGUCUGCCAUACGUUUAUUGUUUUGAUUGAAUGAUAGUACAGUACUUUACUGUAUGUACUCAAGUUCCAUGCACCCAAAAGUAAGAUUUUUCCUGGGAUUUUCAAUCUAAAAUUCUCAAAGAAUUGUAUUGCCCAUAUAGAAGGAUCUAAGCACCCCAUUGUUAGUGACUCUGAAAUGUCUUCACCGUAUUUCAAGAAUAUAAAUACACAAUUAUCAUUAUUAUUAUUAUUAUUAUUUUUCCCUGGGAUUUUCAAUCUAAAAUUCUCAAAGAAUUGUAUUGCCCAUAUAGAAGGAUCUAAGCACCCCAUUGUUAGUGACUCUGAAAUGCCUUUACCGUAUUUCAAGAAUAUAAAUACACAAUUAUCAAGUUUUUUGAUUGGAAUAGUUUUUUU